AUGAAUAGAGGAGUAUUACAGACUUUCAGAAGUCUAAGAUGUACUCCAUGGACUCACAUUAGACGAAACAUAUCCCAUCAAACCAAUCAAGACACAUUAAUGUCCAAUCCAUUUUCCAUUCAAAAUCUUCAAAUGAUAAGAGAAUCAGAAUCGAAAUUUAGGAUACCAAAUUUCAUAUCAUUUGAUGGGUUUGAUACGUUAUAUAGUCCUCGAGAAUCUGUUCCUUUACAAUAUUUCAAAAUCAGUCUGGAAGAAUUCGGAAUCCUGAAAUCAUUACAAAGUAUUGAAUCUGAAUUUGGUACAGUUUACAAACAAUUAUCCCACCAAUUUCCUAAUUAUGGAAAGGGAAGUGAAGAGAUUCAAGAUACGGGAGCAUGGUGGCUGGAAUUGAUUAUUCGAUUAUAUGAUCUUGAUAGAAGUGAUCCUAAGACAAAAUUGAUAUGUGAUCGAUUACUUGAACAUUUUAGUGGUAAAGAAGCUUAUCAAGUAUAUGAUGAUGUUAUACCUACGUUAACUAAAUUGAAAUUAUUUGGGAUUAAAUUGGUAUUAUCAAGUAAUUCCGAUGAAAGAGUUCGAUUAAUCCUUGAUAAUUUAGGAUUACUGAAAUUUUUUGAACUGGAUGAUAUUUUCUUAUCAUAUGAAUUAGAAACUAGUAAGCCGAAUCGAUUAUUUUUUGAUAAAGUAAGUGAACUGAUAUUUCAAGCUAAUUAUGAAUUCUCGUUAAAGAGUAAUAAUGAAGUUAAGAUUCAGUAUUUAGAGAAUUGUUGGCAUGUUGGAGAUAAUUAUGAUGAAGAUUUUCUUGGAGCCAUUAGAUCAGGAUGGAAUGGGAUUCUAUUAGAUAGACACUAUACUAGUGAUUUCUUUAAACAUAACCCAAAUAAGAAGAAAAGUUAUGAUGGAUGUUUUACAGAAAAGUCAUUAGAUGAUCGAGAUACUUCAAGUAAUGAUUAUAUGAUUGUUGCUAAUAAUAGAAUAGUACUUACAAGGUUAAGUCAAUUAUUAGAUAUAUUUGAGCUUAGUUUAGAAACCAAAUAA